CAAAGAUUAAAAGAACAUUCUAGUCUCUGGCUCUCUGUCCCUUCCCGUUCCAUGAACGGAAAGAACAUUGUUCUUCAGAUUCUGCGUCUUAACGAUCAUCCUCAUACUCACUAUCAUUCUCUCUCCCUCUCUCUCUUGUUUGUGCAUCGAGAACGUCGGUUGGUCAGUGAGUAGUAAAAAUGUCCGACAGCGAAGAUCACGUGGAGUAUACAAAUGGCGAAUCUUCUGCAAAGGUGAAGCAGAGAUUCAGGGAUAGAUCUAAGGAGAUGUUGUCCAAACAAGCUGUUCAGACGAAAGAGAUGCUUUCGAAGCAUGCGGAUAAGAUCGCCAAGCGAGCCGAGGAACAUGAAAGGUUCAUCAACAAGGUGACGCAUUUUUUGGGGGUUCUCGGCUUUGGCGGCUUUUGCUUCCUCCUGGGGGCAAGACCCCAAGACAUUCCCUAUGUAUAUUGUUUCUUCUACAUCACCUUUGUUCCUCUCCGGUGGAUAUACUAUAGGUAUAAAAAAUGGCAUUACUAUCUUCUGGAUUUUUGCUAUUAUGCCAAUACAAUAUUCUUGUUUGACCUUCUGUUUUCUCCAAAGAACGAAAAGCUUUUCAUGGUUUGCUUUUCUUUUGCGGAGGGGCCAUUGGCAUGGGCUUUGAUUGUGUGGCGAUGCAGCUUGGUUUUCAGUUCUUUUGACAAAAUUGUUAGUGUUCUUAUCCAUCUUCUACCCGGAUUGGUUUUCUUUACCAUUCGGUGGUGGAAUCCUGCAACCUUUGAGGCCAUGCAUCCAGAGGGAAGUCCUCGAAGGCCAACAUGGCCUUAUGUGGAAGACAAGGCCUACCUCUGGACAUGGCUGUUUUUGGUUCCUUUAGUAGCCUACACUUUAUGGCAGGUCCUAUACUUUCUCAUUGUCAAUGUCUUGCGCAGACAAAGGCUUUUAAGAGAUCCUGAAGUCAUGACCUCUUACAGGGAGCUCUCCAAAAAGGCUCAAAAAGCAAACAACUUAUGGUGGCGAUUAAGUGGGGUGCUUGGAGAUCAAAAUCGCUUGUUCAUGUACAUUGUUUUGCAAGCCCUAUUCACUGUAGCAACAAUGGCACUUGCUGUCCCCAUAUUCUUGUCGUAUAGGCUUCAUGCAGUUUUCCAAUUACUCAAGGUUUCUGCAACUAUAUGGAAUGGAGGGAGCUUCCUGUUAGAUGUAAUGCCUAGGCAGGCGAUUCUCAAGGAGAAAAAGAAAUCAGAGACGCAAACUGUUCAAAACCAUGAAGAUUGAUUAAUAUCAUUCAUGGUUUUAGGGAAGUGCUAGAAGUUCAACAAAUCAGUCAGGAAAUGCAUCUAAAGAGGUAUGAAACUAGUUGUACCAUGUAGAUCAAGUAUUUUUUUUUUUUUUUGGGAUGCGCUGUAUUUGUUUUACUGCUCAGUGGUUCAGGAAAUACCACUAUGUGAAUGUACGCAUAUAUUACACAUUGUCAAUAUGUGUGCUUUAGUGUUCCCUUGUUCUUGUGAAAGCUUUGGACAGUGAUAUUCUCCCUCUCGUAUUCCCUCUAAUUUGUUGGCUAAAAGUCCAAUUUGGAGGUUUUUGCAUGGGGCUUGUAUUUUUUGAUGGAGAAUCAGGGUGAUGAAGAGGCAGAACAAAAUGAUCAA